AAUAAUAUAUGCAACCAAAUGCUCGAACAAUGAGAUUUGCUUGGUUAUUAAAUUUUUUGUUGGUAUUUAUUAGUAUGGUAAAAUCAGUGAAUUAAAAAGUAUGGAAAACAAACCAAAAGAGUUUUUGACAUGCACGAGGGUGUUAAACCUAAUGACAAUCCUAGGAUUCAUGGCGAACUAUAUGUUACGAGUAAAUCUAUCCAUAGCUAUAGUAGAUAUGUUGAGUAUGUCUUCCGAAAACUCUACUACAGUGGAUGUACAUAGAUUCAAAUGGGAUGUUAUGCAGAAAAAUAAUCUAUUGGGGGCGUUUUUUUUUGGGGUUAUACUCUGACAGACAUUAUAGGGGGAAGAUUGUCGGAAAUUCUUGGUCCUAGACUUAUUUUUGGUGGAGGAAUGCUGUUGGCCAGUGUUAUAACGGUUUUGAUGCCAGUAGCCUGUUAUUGGCACUUCUACGCUGCAAUGGCUUCAAGGGUCCUACUUGGCAUGUUUCUAGGUGUUACUUAUCCCUGUAUAGCCCCUCUGGCUAUAAAAUGGAUCCCACCAGAUGAUAGACCAAAGUUUCUAUCAAACAUGAUGUCCCAAGGACUUGGAGUAGCGAUCUCCUUACCUAUAUGCGGACUUCUUAUUUCUUUAUCAGGAUGGCCCAGUGUUUUCUAUGUUACAGGCUUCGUAGGUGUUUUGUGGAGCUGUUUUUGGUUCUACUUGGUCUACGAUACUCCGCAAAAACAUCCUAGAAUAUCGGACCAGGAGCUAUUGUAUAUAGAGUCAAAAAUAGGAGACGUGGAAAUAUCUGAUAGGCCGCUAAAUUUGCCUUGGUGUAAAAUAUUACUUUCGGCACCAGCAUGGGCUAUAAUAUUCUCACACGGUGCUGCGGGUUUUGUACAUUUUUUGAAUAUAACCCAACUUCCCACUUAUAUGAUGGAUGUUCUUCAUUUUGAUACAACCAAAAAUGGGCUUUGGUCCAGCCUUCCAAACUUAGGUCAAUAUCUAGUAGCCAUUGCAGCUGGUUGCCUUUGGAAAUCCAAAAAAUUGUCUCUACUAACAACAAGAAAAAUUUUUGCUGGUAUAGCGACACUAGGUCCAGCCAUUGUAUGCGCAUUCAUGGCUGUUUACGGAGAAAACCAUAUUGUAGCCUUAUUCUCGUUGGUGACUUCAAUUUCUUUGGUUGGUGCUGUAACCGCUGGUCAUUUGCCAAAUAACUUGGAUAUUUCGCCCAAUUUUUGCGGCACCAUCAUGGGUAUUGCUACUACGGUAAGCUCGAUAGCUGGGUGGGCGUCGACAAAAGUAGUCGCAGUCUUCACUGAGAAAAAUUCGACGUUUGAUAGUUGGAGGAACGUGUUUUGGACGAUGUCGGGUGUUAGUUUGUUUGGAGGAUUAUUUUUUAUAAUAUUUGCCAAAGGUGAAGUACAAAAAUGGAAUUCGGUGGAAAAAGAACCAAAUACAACUAGUAUUUACAAGAAGAGUGAGACGUCUUAAACUAGUAUUGC